AAAUCAGGGAGGAGUAUUGAGGAUUCACACCCCUCAAAAACCCUCAAUGAGCCGUUCUGCUGGGAGAUGUACUUGAAAGAGACUUCAGCCUCUCCCGCUUCCCCCAGCAGUUUCAGACAGUCCAGAGUCCCUCCCAGUAAUGAAUUUAAAGUUGGAAUGAAAGUGGAGGCACGUGACCCCAGGAAUUCCACCUCUGUGUGUAUCGCCACGGUGAUGGGGUUAAUGGGUGUGCGUCUGCGGCUCAGACUGGAUGGCAGUGAUGACACCAAUGACUUCUGGCGAUUGGUCGACUCCUCUGACAUUCAGCCAAUUGGCACGUGUGAGAAGAGUGGCGACAUGCUGCAGCCGCCGCUGGGGUUCAGAAUGAAUGCCUCUUCAUGGCCCAUGUUCCUGUUAAAAACAUUAAGUGGGGCACAGAUGCCUCCAGCCUCUGCCUUUAAAAAGGAGCCUUCCAAACCCUCCCAGAACUACUUCAAACCUGGUAUGAAACUGGAGGCGGUGGACAGAAAGAAUCCAUACCUCAUCUGUCCCGCUACCAUCGGAGAGGUGAGAGGGAGCGAGAUAUUCAUCACGUUCGAUGGUUGGAGGGGAGCGUUUGAUUACUGGUGCCAGUACGACUCCAGAGACAUCUUCCCCGUGGGCUGGUGCCAACUGACCAAUCACAGUCUACAGCCUCCUGGCAACUGCUUCACCUUCCUGAAGACUUUUAUUCCGAGAUUGGGCCAGUCCAGUCUGCCCCGGCGCUCCAUGCAGUCCCCGUACCGCCUGCCGCACCCCUUGCCACCUCUGCCCGUGCGCAAGGGGGUGCGAGGGAGGAGACCCAAGAGUCAGACCAUCGCCAUGCUGAAAGCAGCAGCCGAAGCUGCCGCAACUGCAGCCGCCAUGUCACAGGACGGCCAAACGCAGUCUAACCAAGCCAAGAGUCACAUGACCUCACUGCUCUCACCCAAACUUUAUAAAAAGAGAGGACCCAAACCCGGCAGCAAGAGGAAACCGAAGUUUCCUCAUUCACUCUCAAGCCCCACAUUGUCCUCUUCAGUGUCAGAUGGGAGACUGUCUAGUCUGCAGACGACAAGAGACUCGGGUGUCGUCUCCACCGUUUGCGUGUACGUAAAUAAACACGGAGAGUCGGGACCGCACCUGGAUCGCAAGCUGUUGUUGCAGCUGCCGGAUCAUUUUGGACCGGGCCCAGUGAACACGGUUCUGCAGCAUGCGGUCCAAGCCUGCGUGGACUGUGCGUUUCAGCCCAAAGCUCUGUUCAGCUUCCUGCAGUCUCAGUCUGACGGCGGGGAGAUCAUCAGAGUUCGCUCUGAUGGAGGAAUCCACUACGUCAAGCUCCCCACGGCCUCCAGUGCAUCGUUUGUUCUGCGCUUUCUAGAAACUCUGUGUCACCACCUGCAGUGUGACAACCUGUUCAGCAGCCAGCCCUUUAGUCCACUUACUAACACACAAACGUCCUACGACAGGAGCAAGUCAGUGAAAGAGGAGACAUCAGAAGGUUUGUCCGUAGCGAGGGGUACGAGACGAUUCAACAGAGAUUCAGCUUCCUACACCGCCGCUCUGUCACAGAAACUACACAGAACAGAAGCCGUACCCUCAGAAGACACUGUGGUACAUGCUGAAAAUGGUGCCAUCACAGACAAGCAGUUCUCAGAGGAGACGAUGGAUUCUACCUCUAAUUCUGUCGCCCCACGACCCUCUGCGCUACGGAGCACGUCUGAAUACCACAACCCAGCCGGGAGCAGUCAGCACUACCCCGCUCACCCUCCACCACUCCGCAGAUUCAGCUUCAACCCCUCUGAGCUGGGCUCCGCACGCACGAACAGACGAGUGGAAGGUAGGCUAUCUGCUAGCUCAACCACUGGUCCAGAUCAUCAGGUCGUGGAGAGGGAUAUAUCCAGAUCGUCCAGUAAGAGUCCGUCAUCUUGGAAUAUAGAGGAAGUGAUGCAGUUUGUGCAUGAUGCCGAUCCUCAGGCGCUGGGCCCGCAUGCAGAGCUCUUCAGGAAACACGAGAUUGACGGCAAAGCCUUGAUGCUUUUAAGGAGUGACAUGAUUAUGAAGUACAUGGGGCUGAAACUAGGCCCUGCCCUCAAGCUCUGCCAUCACAUUGAGAGACUCAAACAAGUGAAAUAGUAGUUGGAACUCCACCAGGGGGAAACACAGCAAAAACGCUGGUUACUCCAUUUUUGAGUUGAUACCAGAGACUUUACUGGAGAUACAUGGAUAUUUAUUACUAGUGCUGCGGGUCGAGGGUCCAACGUGCUUACACACUUUACGUGUAGUCCUGUAUUCCCAUUGGUCGAUACAGUGAAAAAGCUGACCUGAUCUUUAUUGUAGCCAAAACAACUUUUAACAUUGUGAGAUCUGAUGGACUCUAAAUUUGCUUGGACAUUGUGUACAAGAUUUAGGCAUGAUCACUGACUCUCUUCUAGAAGUCAUCUCUGAUACAAGUACAGUGUAAAACUGCAGCUACAGACCUCAGUACCUCAACUCAUCGGCAGGCUCUACGAAGUUCUGCGUUGACAGACAAUGGUGGAAAGCAGAAUCCAAAGGAUUACACUGUGUUGUUUAUAUAUUGUCUUACAUGCACAGACAACAUCACAAAUUAUGGGAAUACAUUUGAAUAGAGGUUUUUUGGAAAUUAACUACAAAUUGUUUUGGUGCCGUUCAAUUAAAUUUCAUCAUUCACCAUUUGGCAUAGUUCAUUCAUUUGAUUCAUUGGGUUGAUUUAAAAUCAAAGGUCAUCUUUUUUUCUGUGGUGUCUAUAUUAGAUUUGAAAUUCAUAAUCAUAUUCGUAUCAAAAUGCCCUGCUGUUCCAUAACAUUCAACAAAAUAAUACAAAUGUUCUUUUUAAGUGCUAUAAACCAACAGCGGUUUUGUUAUGGUCUAUAAUAGGCACCUAUUUUAAAAGCACAAACCUGUUUCUGACUCUUGAAAAUUACCUUUGCUGUUUAGCUCUCAAGAUGAAAAUUACUCAGGACACAUGUGUACUUCAUUUUCAUUUAUUAAUGUUAAAACUGAUUCAUUGGAGCGACCCCCAGGAACAUCCAGCAGUCCCACAUGUGUACUGUAUGUAGUUCUUUUUAUUUGUGUAUCAUAUAAAUGUGCAACUUUUUGGUUCAGUAUUCUAUCAUUCAGUGCAUUUUGUUUAUUUUUCUUAUGAUUAGAAACUGCCUUUUUGUAAGCACAUUUAGUCUGUUGUUUAUUUAAUUGAUAAUAUUCACAGAUUUUGUUACUGUGGAGGAUGGAGUCUUUUUUGAUGUAUACAUCCAUUUUUAGCUCCUAGAUACACUGUAUUUGCUUUGCUCUUUUACUCAGGUUAACAUAUAUUUUUUGUACUUAU